GGACUAGGGAGAGGGUACCCUUCCCUGAGACAGCGACUUCUUUUUGCCAGGAGCACCCUACCAGAGGUGGCAGAACUGGGGGCCUGGACUGUGGAGCAAGGAGGGAGAGGUGGGGGUGUCCACAAGACUAAUCUUUGACCGCGUUAAUGGCCAGAAAGCCGGCUCGAGGAGGGGUCAUAGUGCUCGGAGUCGUGUGGCCUCGAGGAUAGGGUGGGAGGCGGACGCUGAGUCAAGUCAUGUUCUGGGUUCCCGACGCCCCCUCUGCGGCCCCCCCCCAACUCUGUAGCCACCGCGUGCCUAUCCAGCUUUCCAUUUCUCACCUUGGGGGAGAAUUCCGUUUAUUACCUACAGAGGUGGAAUUGAUUUUCUAAGCAAAGCUCGCGUUGUUGAAGUAAGUUGGCGCCGAGGGGAACAGGAGAGAAACUUUUGGCAUUGACUAUGUGUAUAAAUGUAUAUAAAUAUAUUUAACACCUCGUCUCCCCUUACAUUCCUGACGCGCCCCCAACGGGUUCAAGGUUAAAAGGAAAGCGCCAACGGAGAGAUGGGCAAAUAGAUUCUGGGUUUGCCCCUAACACACCCCAAUGUGCUGGGUGUGGCGGCACGGAGGAAGAAGGGGGGCUGGGUUGGGGUCUGAAUUGGCGCCGAGGCGAGGAUGCAAGACCCGCGCCGGGCGCCCAGAUUGCCAGGGUCUCUCGGCCGCUUCGGAAGCUUGCAGGCGACCUCUGUGUCCUGUCCCUAUCUUCUCGUUCCCGCCUGUGGCCGCGGAUUCUCCUCUUUUGCUGCUGGCUGGCAGACCCGCACGCAUUGGGGGUCCGGACAGGGUGGGGCGCAAGCGCAGGAGGAGAUGUGCAACGGCCUUGAGUGAAGAUUGAUCUUCGUUAAAAUGGUUGCCACCGGCGUCAUUAUGACCAUCAAAGUUAUCGCCAAGAGGCUCAGCCGCCAAGCUCAGGCCGCAAGAAGCAGCAGCAAGGCUGGUCCGCGACUCUCCGCGCCCGGGCUCAGCACCGGGAGUACUCAGGGCCACAGGCCAAACCCCCGGGCGAACAGAACCGGCUCUGAGCGGGCAAAGGACCGGAGCCUUCCUCCUCACUUCUUGUCUCUUCUCGCCUCCUACCUGGAUCUAUUUGUCUGCUCCGAAGCUGCCUUCAUUACCCACUGACAGGAGCGUGUAUUUAUUUGCUUAUAAACCUGUUACAAUAAAUGAUUAUUCGAACGGCGUCAUUCGUACCUUAAUGACGAGCGAGCGCUACUUUUUGAUGAAUGACAUCUCGGGCUCGGAAGGAUGUAUGGGUCAUUUUGACCAGUCAUUCCCUCGCUCUGGCAUCCCACAAUUUUUCCGCCUCCCUCCAAAAGAGAUAAUAAUAUUUAGAGGCGCUCGCUGGGGCUGAAUGAGAAUUAGCCCUAGGCGCAGCCCAUCAUUAGGACGGGACAGCCGGGCCACUGUGACAUUUUUUAGAAAGCUGAGAUGAUGGAAAGAAUAAGAAAAGAGAUGAUUCUGAUGGAGAGGGGGCUGCACAGCCCCACGACCGGCAAGCGGUUCUCCAACUUAUCCGAUUCGGCUGGCAAUGCUGUGCUCGAGGCCCUGGAAAAUUCGCAGCACCCGGCUCGCCUCAGCCCGCGCCUGCCGUCCGCCCCCCUGCACGGCGCUCUGGGAGACCUCCCUGCCAAGGGCAAAUUCGAAAUAGACACUUUGUUCAACCUGCAGCACCCGGGCAGCGAAAGCACCGUCUCCUCCGAAAUCUCGUCCGCCGCCGAAGGCCGUAAAAAGCCGGGUCAUUAUUCAGAGGCGGCCGCCGAGGCGGACAUGAGCAGCGACGUGGAGGUGGGCUGCUCGGCGCUGCGCUCCCCUGGCGGCCUUGCUGCCGCGCCGCUCAAGGAAAACAAUGGCAAAGGGUACUCGGAGAGCGGCUCCGCCGCGGGCACCACGACGUCUGCGUCGGGCUCCGGCCUUGGCAGCCUGCAUGGAGGCGGCGGCAGCGGCAGCGGCGGCGGCGGCGGCGGCGGCGGCGGCGGGGGCGCGUCGCUGGGCGGCUCCGGCUCUGGCGCGGAUCAGGUGCGGCGCUACCGCACGGCGUUCACCCGCGAACAGAUCGCGCGCCUGGAGAAAGAGUUCUACAGGGAGAACUAUGUGUCGCGGCCCCGCCGGUGUGAGCUGGCCGCUGCGCUCAACCUGCCCGAAACCACCAUCAAGGUGUGGUUCCAGAACCGGCGCAUGAAGGACAAGCGGCAGCGCCUGGCUAUGUCGUGGCCGCACCCGGCCGACCCCAGCUUCUACACCUACAUGAUGACGCACGCGGCCGCCACCGGAAGCCUGCCCUACCCCUUCCACUCGCACGUGCCGCUGCACUAUUACCCGCACGUGGGUGUCACGGCUGCGGCCGCGGCGGCUGCGGCCUCCGGCGCAGCGGCCGCGGCCUCGUCGCCCUUCGCCACUUCCAUCCGCCCGCUGGACACCUUCCGUGCCCUCUCACACCCCUACUCCCGGCCGGAGCUGCUGUGCAGCUUCCGCCACCCGGGCCUCUACCAGACGCCCGCGGCCGCCGCGGGGCUCAACAGCGCGGCCUCGGCCGCCGCGGCUGCAGCAGCUGCGGCGGCUGCGGCCUCCUCGGCCGCGGCGGCCGGGGCGCCCCCCAGCGGCGGCUCCGCGCCCUGCUCGUGCCUCAGUUGCCACAGCAGUCAAUCCGCCGCGGCGGCCGCAGCAGCGGCCGCGGCGGCCCUGGGCUCCCGGGGUGGCGGCGGCGGCGGCGGGGGUGGCGGCGGCGGCGGCGCGGGGGCCGCCGGCGGCUCGGACUUCGGUUGCAGCGCCGCGGCUCCUCGCUCCGAGAGCGGCUUCCUGCCCUACUCAGCCGCCGUGCUUAGCAAGACCGCCGUGAGCCCGCCGGACCAGAGGGACGAGGCACCGCUCACCAGAUAACUACGUCGCCGCCGCCAGGGGGCCGUGCCCGGGGGUCCCCUGAGCGCCCCCGCGCCCUCCGCGCGCCUACGUGCCCUCUGCGCGCUGCCCGCUGCCAAAGCUGCCGCCAGGGGGCGCCCUGGCGCGGGAGGCCGAAGGGAACUUGCCCCGACCGAAUUGGGGGAAAGAGCCGCGCAAAAAACCCGGCGGUGUGCCCUCAAAUGAUUUCUAUUUUUGUAUUGGCUACCCAGCAGCAUCUUUUCCUCUAAGUGUUUCCCACCGCCCAUGCCCCGUUUCCCGCCUCUGUCCGGAGCUCUUGGUCUUCCCGAAGACAAUCCCCUCGCCCUCAAACUGGUCCUCAGAGGUUUGGGGUCCUGGCUGUAAGCCCUCCUGAACCACGUGGCCAGAAGCAACGGAGAGCCACAACAAAGAGAGGGGGGAAUGCUGUGCGCUAGUGCUUUGUGCGGAAGGGCAAGUCGCCCCCGAGGUUCCUGCGGCUGCUCUUUUUCUUCCACCCUUUCUUUUCUUUACACGAGGGUGAGGGGAGGUGGCAAUUUUUCUCUCAGCCUGAGCUUGUUAGGGGCCCUGUCCGCGGGGAGCGGAGGAAGGGAGGUCUGAGAAGGCCAGGAGGGCGGACGGAGAGCGCGGGCGGCUGCGGGUGUGCGUGAGAUGGUUUACCGCGUGCGGGAGCAAGGCCGGCGGGGGCCCUGGCGGUCUUUCCUGCCCGGGGAAGGGCAAAGCCGAGGCAGGAAGGAGUGGUGGUCUCGCCUCCCCUCUCGGCCCUCCGCUGUUCUCUCUUUUGAUCUUUUGGUGUGGGAUGCAGGCGUCUUGCAUAUUUUCAGCAAAAAGCAAUGGCUAAUAAGGGUGCCACAGCCUGGCCAGAAAAGGAAAGAGAAACGAAAGAAUGGGGAGGGGUAAGAUUGACAGAUCGUUGUAAUGUUUGAAGAAGCGUUUCCAGCUCAGUUUUCCAACUACCGGGUUCCACUCGAUCUGGGAAAUACUUGAAUCUCUAGAUAUAUAUUAUCCUGAAGCAUUUCCUUAGACACUUUUCUAAGUUCGAACUCGAUUCCCCUCAUUCCUUCCCCUCCUCGUUUUCCUUUUGCUCGGGCAAAAUGGUUCUUGGCAUCUUUCUCACGCAUGUCUAUUGCGCUUUCGCCUCUGCAAAGCCAUGGAUGGGUUGCUGAGACCCAUUCUGCCAACCCCGGCUACUGGAGGGGUUUCCUUGAACUUGAAGAAAGGCACAUCAAAACCCACCAGUGUUAACUGCCACGUCAAUUUUGAUGCUAAUAAUGUGCAGAUUAUGACGAAAAUUGCCAAUCAUGCUCUCUGAUGGACCUCCUUUGAAUGUGGAAUUGGAGAAAAGUUCCCCGCACGGAGACCUGCUGUCAAGUACUAACAACCCGCUAAGGGAAGUCAUUAGGAGAGACGGAUAAGAGACUCGGUACAUAAAACAUUGUUCUUGGUGCAUAGAAUGUAUGUUACUUAAUGUUAUCUCUGUUACCUGAAGUGAUUUCGCAGAAGAAAGCCACGUUCUUAUCAUCUCAAUUGCCAAUUUUCAUUUUGGUAACUCGGACGCCCUGGGUAGACUUUUCUCUGUUAAGUUGAUAUUCCACCAAUGUGAACAGCCUCAUUAAAUCAAGCCCAGAUAUUUCCAUAAUGCUCCCCGCAGAGCCACUUCGCUCCUCACAUAAUGAGAUUUUCUGAAGAGUUGAAGCCCUAAAAUAACUUGCUAGUGCAUGUUUAGACCCAAUGAAGUGGGUAUGUGUGUGUAUUAAAAUGUAGGUGUGCUACCUACAUAUCCUUGUGUAUAUAUGUAUGUAUAUAUGUAUAUGUAUGUAUAUACAUAUAUAUCCAUUCUCUUAAGCACAUACAUAUGUAAGAGAUGCGCACACAUUCAUAUAUACCCAUUGGCACUAUUUUCUGUGAUUUAUUUCAAAUUCGUGUUCUGACAUUUUUGUUAUUUUAAAGACACUGGAUUUUAAAAAUUCAUUUCCUAAAAAUAGGCUUUCAGGAAACUUUUGAGAAAAUUCAUUUUCCAGGAGAAUUUAUUGUUUUCAUCAAAUGGAAAAUAUUUCAAGGGGAAACAGUGUUUCAAAACUCCUGGGGUCUAUUAAAAUAUUCCCAUAAAAUAUUAGAGAACUUCCUAAUGAAAUAGAAAUGAUCUACAGCUCAACUUUUUGUUUUCUUUUUUCUUUAAAGAGAUGAGACUACUUAUGUUAAAUAUUGAUUAUGCCAGCUGUUACUGAGUUUACAUUAAAAUAUUAAUAUAUAAUUUAAGGCUAAAUAAAAUAAACCAAAAUAUGGUACCCUUUUAUCAGCUUUACCUUUAUAGAUUGUUAAAGUCCUUUCUUACGAUCAGCUAUCAGAUGUAUAUAAGGUACUCUAGGCAAUAAUGUUUACAUUUCCCCCAAAAUAUAUAUGAUUGAUGAGAAUGCUGGUUGGUAAAAUGAACACAAAUUCAUCUUAUGUUAGGUCCGUUGGAUCUGGUUAUUAUAUUAAAAUAAAACUGUAAAUAAAGUCUCCGUGCUUUAAAUAUUGCUGGCUGUAUGAACUCACUGUAAGAUAUUUUACAAAUGUGCAAUAAUUAUAAAGCUUUGUAUAUUACAUUAUUUAUUGUGUUUGGUCAUGUAAAAUAAAUGUUAUUUAAAUCAAA